GCAAUUACCAAACGUCGUGUUUGAUAUGUUUUAUGUGAUAUAGGUGAAGUCUGUUGUCUUUUGGAAUGAUUAUCGAAUGACAUGGAAUUUGGAUUGUUACAUGUUUUGAUAUUUUUCAAUGCUUUAUACAUAUGUGCAGUAAAUCUGGUUACAUCAGCAUCCUAUCGAUUCGAGGUAUAUUCCGUGAACAAAUGUCCCAUGAACGUAAUAGAGUUUCAGACAGCUGCAAAACGAAGAAAUUGCACCGGAAGCUCACGAUACCUGUGCGCCCCUAAUAAAUACUUGUCAUCUUUGAUAGAAUUCUGCACAGACCGACACAGAAGCCUUUAUGGACAAGGUAACUGUGUGAAAUUGGAAGGAUCAGGUGACCUGAACCAUUACAGAUGUAAAGAAACAUUCAUCAGUGGUUGUCCACAGACUCCAUACUAUGAUGAUGAAAUAUAUAAGAAUCCAGCAUGUUUAGAAAUUCAAAAAGACCAGCGGUGCUUUGUUGCCGAUACAGAUUGCAAUAAAGGAUAUUUUCCUACUACAGGCACUCAUCUCAACAUUUCUGAAGUAGAACAUUCCGGGAAUAUUUCUUUAAGAGGAGAUCUGCCGAAAUGGCUUGCAAUUACUUACAUAAUUAUGGGUGUCCUGAUUUUUGCAGUAUUUGUGAGCUGUAUUAUUUAUCAAAAAAUAAGAGAAGAGAAUUCACUGUCAGAAGAUAAGGUUCAAAUGAUACCCUUAUUGCCAAGUAAACAAUACUGUAAUACAUCAUUAAAAGUAACCCUCCUGGAUGAGACUCAAUCAAAACAAAAAACCGAGGCAGAAGAAGAUGACACACAAAUUGACGAAAAGGCAUUAAGACAGUUUCUUCGUGGAGGAAAUCUGACUGUUCGCCAUGUUAGAUGCAUUAUAGUUGGUUGUGGAAACGCCGGAAAAACGACCCUUUUAAAAAGAUUGCAAAAUGUAUCUUUUGAAGAACUGAUUAAGGCUGAUAAAACAGAAAUGGUAGACGUCCAUGCUUACAGUUUCGAGGUGCUAGCAGAGGAAAACACUAUUCAAAGUGUCAAGGAAAAGGACGGUCUACCAGCAGUUGUGUUUACGGCGGAUAUGUUAAAACAGACUGAAAUGCAAAGUAUGGCAGAAAAUGAGAUUAAAUAUAAUGUAGAAAUUGUUUCAGGUAAGAUAACAAAGAAUCAAAAUCCAAUGACUAAACCCUUCAGAGACCAUGUCAUUUCAAUGAAUGCAAAAGAAAAUGCCCCAGUAGAGGAAAUUGUAAAGAAAAAGUUCAGUGACGGCGAAGAAAAAGAUACACUUCAAUCACCGUCUUCAAAUAUAACGACGAGCUCAAAACAUAGACCAUCGCAAGUAAUGCUUGAAAGAAAUGAAGGAAAUGUGAAUACAGAUUCAGACGCAGUAGACAAUGAAAAGUAUGCAAUUUCAAAAAUAAUGGAUGCUGUUAAGAUGUUGAAGAAUGAAACAGAUUUGCGUCCAAGAAUAACCUUUCUAGAUUUUGCAGGACAAUAUAUGUACUAUGCUUUUCAUCAGAUCUUUUUAAGUCCAAAAUCAUGUUUCAUAUUGGUUGUGGAUAUGACAAAAGAUCUCUAUGAGAAGGUUGAUGUCUCUGAUUCGGAUGAAAAGUGCUGUAGUCUAUUUGAAUCCUGGAGAUAUAUAGAUCACUACAUGUUUUGGUUGAAGUCAAUCGACAGUUUUGGCGACACAAAAACACCAGUCUUAGUAGUAGGUACUCAUGCAGACCAAGUAUCGGAAAACGAUCGUCGCAAGUUUUUCAAACAUUUUUUCAGUGCAGUUAAUAUUGAUAAUCACAGGGAUCUUAACAGGCAUCUAAAUGAAGACAGGAAAUUUAUAAUUGGAUUCCCGGAGAAAGGAAACGAACUCGAAGAUUUAAAAGACAUAAAGACAUGUCUUGCUGAUAUUGUUCAGGGUUCUCAUCAUUUGGAAGAAAACAUUCGACCUGUAUGUGCAAUAUUUGAGCAGAUCUUGAUACGGCAGAAGAAGCAUAAAAAGAUUAUUUCUAGAAAAACAUUAUCAGAUUUCAAAGACAAAUUGAGCACCAAAGAAUUUAGGAUAAAUGAUGAUGAAUUUUCUGAAAUGUUGGCCUUUUUUCAUAGAAAUGGGGCUUUGUUAUACUUUAACGAAGACUACUUAAAGGAUAAAAUCAUUCUUGAUAUUCAGUGGUUUCUAGAUGCAUUUAAAUGUAUAAUUAAUUACCCUUUGGAUAUAGAAGGAUGUGACCGCGAGCGUACACGCUUUUAUUACACUGGUGAACUAGCGGACGAAGAAUUGAAUAGAAUUUGGAAAACACAUGAAAACAAAGAAUAUUUAGACCAUAAACCUACAAUACUAGCAUACAUGGAACAAUUGGGUUUAUUAACAUGCAUGUCACAUAUUCCACAUUCAUUUAUAUCACCCUGGUACUACGUUCCAUGCAUGAAUAAAAAGAAAUUUGACAAGACUGGCGAGGAAUUUUCAAAGUCCUCAAUUCUUUGCUUCAAAUUUGAUGACGAUGGAAACCUUCCUAUUCACGUUUUUUAUAGCAUAGUUUUUAAAUGUUUCAAGAUACCAGACUGGUCAAUUUUGACAGAAAAGAACCAAAUCUGCAUGUACGAUAACGCAGCUUGUUUCUCUCUGAAAGAACAUAUUGUGGUCUUAUGUAAUUGUAAAUUCCAGAUUCAGGUUCAGGUAUGGUGGUUUCCCGAAAAGAAAGACACAAAACUUCUCGAAAAAAUAAAAGCAUCAGUUGAGGGAAUAUUGAAGAUACAUACAAAAUACUCUUAUGAAGUCGGUUACAAAUGUCAGAAUGGAGUACUUAAUGCAGAGGAAGAUAAAUCCUUCAUUGGAGAGAGCGAAUUUCCCGUAUCAGAUGUUCUGUGCAGAGAGUGUGAUAUUGACAAAAAACAUCUUGUGAGCAACGAUAUUUGCUGGGUACAACUAACAGAAAAUUUGACGAAUCAAGAGAGCAGUUUUAGAUUAAGUCUGGAGGAAACAGAAACGGCAAUUCCAGACAUCUUGGUAAAAUUUGAAAAUUCUAACGAAGAAACUGACGAAGGAAGAACUUCAAUUAAACAUAUUUUACAAGCUUGUCUGGACGGAAACGUUGAAAACUUUUUGUUUCAUCUUCAAAACGAGAUUGGAAGUCGAAAACAUCUUCUAUUGAAAACGAACCAAAAUGGAUGGAAUGUAAUGCACUUUGCAGCAAAAGGUGGAAAUCUUAAAAUUUUUCAACAUCUGCAUUCCAAAACUUUAGAUAUUUGUUCAAAAACACACGAUCAAAUGAAUGUUUUACACAUCGCCUCCCAGAGUGGUCACUUUAAUCUUUGCAAAUAUAUUUUGGAAAAUAAAGCCUUUGAAAAAGAAUUGAUAGCGAUGUCGGCGUCAGGUAAAAAUGCUUGUCAUUAUGCCGCAGAAUAUGGCUCUGCUAAUAUUUUUCAACUAUUGAUUGCUAAAGGAAUCAACCCAGAGGAAACGACAAACAACGGACAAAAUGUAUUUCAUAUUGCUUGUAUAUACAGUAAAUUGGAAAUGUGUGAACAUAUUUCAGAACGUUACGUUGCUCUUAUUCAUAAAGAAAGUACAGAAGGAUGGAACGCGACUCUAUAUGCAGCAAAGAACGGUCAUACAAAUGUUUUAAAGUUUCUUAAAGCGAAAAAGGUCAGUUUUAUGCAUAAAUCUGAGAGUGCCAGGAACGCGCUGCACAUUGCAUGCGACAAUGGGCAUUUCGAAGCAUGUGAAUAUAUAUCAGAGAACUUCCCCUCUCUGCUAAAAGCUAUUGACUAUAAAGGAAGAUAUGCCUCCCACUUUGCUGCCAGAGGUGGAAAUUUAAGAAUAAUAAAAUACCUCGAAUCAAAGAUCGAUUUGACACAGGAAACGAACGUAGGUAUGAAUAUACUUCAUAUGGCUUGUUUACAUGAACACGUAGAAAUGUGUAGCUACAUACUAGACCGUUAUCCGGAACUAAAUUUAAAAAGAACAGAAAAUGGAUGGACAACUGCGCAUUUUGUUGCCGGAAAUGGCAUCAAAAAGGGUCAUGAAAUCGAAAUAUUUGAAAUGCUUUUAAACGUGGAAAAACCGGUAGGUAUUAUGAUGCUUACGAAAAACAGAAACUCUGUGUUGACGCUUGCAGUUAAGUUAAAUGCGUAUACAUUUGCAGAAUAUCUAUUUGAGAAUUAUCCUAGUCUGUUGAAAAUUGAAGGUGUGAAUAAUCCUUAUAAAACGGGUAACGAAGACAUCAAAAUGUGGACACUCCUUGAAAAACAUUUAGAAAGGCAACUUUGAGGAGUAGUUUAGCCAAUAUCGGACAUUGCAUCUUAUGAUGCAUAUGACAUUCGAUAUAAGUUUCGCUGGUUACGUGUUGAAACCCAGAUUUUUUCGCCGAUUUCAAUCUAGAACCAACUAUUUUAACCAAUUACCAAAAAUUGGUAACUUUAAAAUAAAAUGUGUGUGUGUGUGUGUGUGUGUGUGUGUGUGUGAUCUUUGAAAUAUAUGCGUGUGUGAAGAGGAUUUUAUAAGUAGUAGCCUUUUUUGUAACACUGUAAAUUAAUUGUUUUCAUAGUUAAUCAAUUUAUUCUUUUAACGUUCAGUUUAUAAAGAAAGGAAUUUCCAGACAUUUAACAGAAAUUGUGACAAACAUCAUUUACAAAUAUUAAAAGAAAUAGCAAAGAGUAUUUACUAUAUCUUUUUUGCGGAACCGUGACAACAACAAGUACCUUGCUGACCCUUGAGAGAAUAGUUUCUUUUUACCAUAAAAAUGUAGAGUCUUUAAUUAUAUAUAAGGAAUACUGUAUGUAUGUUUCUUCAUUUUUGAUUUUUGAAAAAGAAAAUGCCUGACCCUAUGUUUACUCUUAUUAAUAACCUCCCAUUUCAAAGAGAAAGAUAUCUUGUUUUUUAAAAGUCAAAAUUAUGAAAAUUUUACAGAUAGACAACGGACAUUUACAGGUAAUCAGGAAAGUAGAUAUCUCUUUGAAAACAAAUUCAUUUUAUAAUAUUUUGUACUAUAAUUUUGUAUACAAAAUAAGAUUCUUAUAACUUUUAAAUACUUUAAAAAACAUCCAGUAUGUUACCUGUAAAGAUCCAUUCAUGAAAACAAAGGAUAGAAAAGCUGUCCCUCCCUACAUAUAAUAGUCUGACACAAAGAAUACUUACUGGACGGUUAGGGAAGGUUUUAAACAGAAAAUAAAGACAUUAGAUAUGUCGAUAAAGAAAAAUGAUUUAAUGUUAAACAGCUUGAGGAUGUCAUAUACAGCGCUAUACAACAAACAACAUUGAAGCACUGAAGUACUAGUAAAAUUCCAACAUAUAAAACAUCUACUUCAUUCUUUAGAAUCACGAAUCACAAUAAAUACACUUAACGAUACUAAUCACCUGUCACCUGUAAUCACGUUAUGGCCAGAACAUAGAUUAAGACAAAGUUCACUGCACUAUAAAAAUCACUAUUUUUACUUAUCUUAAAAUUAAUUCUCGGUUAUCCAAACCCAUUCUCUAUCCAAAAGGUUAAAACAAAUUAAACCUUGACCGUCAACCUCCUCCACUCCUCUGGAAAAAGUUCUGCAUUUGAGCCUGUGAAUGCAUCAUUUGUUUUAGUUGGCUUAAUCUUUUUAUUGAAAGAUGUUGUUAGUCAUAUAAAUAUUUGACAGAGCAUUAUCAUCUCCAUACCAAAAUAUCUUUAUCUAUCAAGUAUGAUUCCCUCCAUUUCUUACCAAAAUCCAUUGCACUUCAUAGCUCUUUAGAAACUGACAUGUUCUACACGCCCGUUCAUCAAUUGGUAGAAACCCUCUGCACAAAAUAAUCAUGAUAAUGAUGUCAAACUCUAAUUCCCAUAGAGAGCGAAUUGGCUGUUUCUUUUAACAUCGUAUUGAUGGUAAUUACCUAAUCAAGUUAAUUUAAUAACCUUUUACGAUCAAAUGAUACAUGACUAUGUGCGAUAUUUUGCAUUUUUCGGCCCCAAAAUUAAAGUCUUUUAACAGUUUUUUUUUUUAAAAAAUAAGAUGGAAGAUAUUAAAAUUCAUAUUAAAAAAUAAGGAUGUAAAAGAUUAUCACCACAGUGACGUCAUAAUGUAGAAAUGACGUCAUGAAGAUGGCCUUAUUUUGGUAAAUUGAUGUUUUGUAGAAAACUGUGGGUGACUUCCGAUGGGUUUUUUGACUGGGAAACAUCGAAUGCAGGCUUGCUCAAGUACCAUUUUUUAGUAUAAUGUGUAUAACUAUCUGGUAUAAACAUGGUAAAAUCGUACUUGAGCCGACAUGCGCUCUAUAUUUCCGAAUGCAAAAUAUAAAGCAGAAAUGAGAAUAUUUCCAUUUGUUUGUAAAUUUGCAGGAAUUAUGUCAUUUGGAUGACAUCAUAGAUAAACAGCGAAUGAGCAAUGAUGACUAAAUUUCAACAAUAAAGUUCUAGGCGUCCACUUGGCAAUGAUUUAUAAAGAUUUGAUUUUUAUACGAUAUUAUUUAAAAAUUGGUCAAAGUCGGGGGCAGAUAUUUGACCCUACUGCACAUAGUCCUUUGCUUAAAGAAUGCGAUAACUGCAGGGAAAAAACGCAGGUUAUGUAUUUUGCAGCUCUUCUGAGCUGAAAGCUCAAGUGAGCAUUUGUGAUCAAAAUUUGUCCGUUGUCUGUUGUUGGCGUUGUCGUUGUAAGCGUUUCACAUUUUCAUCCUCUUCUCCAGAACCACCGGGCAGAUUUCAACCAAUCUUGACACAAAGCAU